AUGAUUGCCAUCUUUGACGAAGACGGCGGCGGCGACGUCGACUUUCAGGAAUUCGUGUCGGGCCUCAGCGCAUUCAGCAGCAAGGGCAACAAGGAGCAGAAGCUCCAGUUCGCCUUCAAGGUGUACGACAUUGACCGCGACGGGUACAUCAGCAACGGGGAGCUCUUCAUCGUGCUCAAGAUGAUGGUCGGCAGCAACCUCAAGGACCAGCAGCUGCAGCAGAUUGUGGACAAGACCAUCAUGGAGGCGGACCUGGACAAUGACGGCAAGAUUAGCUUUGAGGAGUUUACCAAGAUGGUUGAGAAUACCGACCCCGAUUGA